GCGCCCAGCUCACUGAGAGGUGAGACGACACACACACAUCAGCACUCCAGGAUGGUUUACAUCAAGGAUGGACUUCUCAGACCUGUCAGUGUUUUCCGACACAUCGUUGUUUUACUACUCCUAAACCACUUACGUGGAGGUCAGUCUCAGGAGACAGGUCCACCUCAGCUCGUCGUGGCGAUGCUCGGUGAUGACAUCAUUUUACCAUGUCAACUGGAACCUCCGAUGAAUGCCGUUUCUAUGACGAUGGAGUGGGGAAGACGUGACCUGGAACCCAGAUUUGUCCUUGUAUGGCACGAUGGUCAGGAACUUCUGACUGACCAAAACAAGGCCUACAAGGGAAGAGCAUCAGUGUCCAUCAACAAUUUGACGCUCGGAGACUUUUCACUGAGACUGUCCUCAGUUAAGAUCUCUGACAGCGGGACAUACAGAUGCUACUUCCCAAAACUGAAUAAAGAAUAUCUUGUUGAGCUUCUUGUUGGUGCUGCCUCCUCACCUGCUAUCAGUUUAGCAGGCAUCCAUAAGGCCACCAGCGGAGUGAUGUUAGACUGCAGGUCUGAAGGCUGGUAUCCAGAGCCUGAGGUGUUGUGGCUGGACGGUGAGGGAAACCUCCUCUCUGCUGGACCUCCAGAGACAGUCAGAGGUCCUGAUGAUCUCUAUACUGUCAGCAGCAGAGUGACUGUGGAGAAGAGACCCAGCAACAGAUUCACCUGUAGAGUCCAGCAGAAGAACAUCAACCAGACCAGAGAGACACACAUUUAUGUUCCAGAGGAUUUCUUCGUGUCUCCAUCUAGCUGUAGUGCAUCUGUUGCCAUGAGCGUGUUGUUUGGCCUCAUGUUUGUUCUCACAGUCGUCCUUUUUGUCUGGAAAUGGAGACAGAACAAAAUCGAGAUCAAGAAGCAACUCAAGAAUGAAAACAAAGAGGAAGAGAAGACCACAGGUUUUAAUAAGGCCACAGAGCAGCAGGGUUUAAUAAAAGCAAAAGUGAGCAGAGAGCAGCUCAUGGAAGAAAACAAGAAAAUAAAAGAGGAGUUACAGAAGAAAGAUAAAGACAUGACACAGGUUAUUGAUACAUUGACUGAACUGGGACAGGAACUGAAGAAGCAGAAAAAACAACUCCAUGACCAAAAGGAGAAGGCAGAGAAACAGGCGAAGGAGAAUGAAGAGAAGGUUAAUUCAGUGGAGAAAGAAGUAUCAGAGAAGGAGGGAGAUAAAAUAGCUAUCAAAGCUCAGGGAUACUUAAAACUCAAAGAGAUCAUAACAAAGAACAAGUGGAACCUGGAGGACAGAAAGAAAGAACUUAAACAACUGGAAAUGAUCACAGAGAGACUAAUGAAGAGGACAUAUGAUGACUUUAAAAGAAUUACAGAGAACCUAAAAGAAGGACAACAUACAAAACCACAUGGAGCAAAUAAAGAAACAACUGGACAAGACAGAGGACAUUUAGAGGAAACUUACGACACACACACACAACAGCACAGGAUGGUUUACAUCAAGGAUGGACUUCUCAGACCUGUCAGUGUUUUCCGACACAUCGUUGUCUUACUUCUCCUAAACCAAUUACGUGGAGGUCAGUCUCAGGAGACAGGUCCACCUCAGCUCGUCAUGGCGAUGCUCGGUGAUUACAUCAUUUUACCAUGUCAACUGGAACCUCCGAUGAAUGCCGUUUCUAUGACGAUGGAGUGGGGAAGACAUGACCUGGAACCCAGAUUUGUCCUUUUAUGGCACAAAGGUCAGGAACUUCUGACCGUCCAAAACAAGGCCUACAAGGGAAGAGCAUCAGUGUCCAUCAACAAUUUGAUGCUCGGAGACUUUUCACUGACACUGUCCUCAGUGAAGAUCUCUGACAACGGGAAAUACAGAUGCUACAUCCAAAAACUGAAUAAAAAAUAUUUUGUUGAGCUUCUUGUUGGUGCUGCCUCCUCACCUGCUAUCAGUUUAGCAGGCAUCCAUAAGGCCACCAGUGGAGUGAUGUUAGACUGCAGGUCUGAAGGCUGGUAUCCAGAACCUGAGGUGUUGUGGCUGGACGGUGAGGGAAACCUCCUCUCUGCUGGACCUCCAGAGACAGUCAGAGGUCCUGAUGAUUUCUACACUGUCAGCAGCAGAGUGACUGUGGAGAAGAGACACAGCAACAGCUUCACCUGUAGAGUCCAGCAGAAGAACAUCAACCAGACCAGAGAUACAGAAAUCCAUGUUCCAGAGGAUUUCUUCGUGUCUCCAUCUAGCUGUAGUGCAUCUGUUGCCAUGAGCGUGUUGUUUGGCCUCAUGUUUGCUCUCACAGUCGUCCUUUUUGUCUGGAAAUGGAGACAGAACAAAAUCGAGAUCAAGAAGCAACUCAAGAAUGAAAACAAAGAGGAAGAGAAGACCACAGGUUUUAAUAAGGCCACAGAGCAGCAGGGUUUAAUAAAAGCAAAAGUGAGCAGAGAGCAGCUCAUGGAAGAAAACAAGAAAAUAAAAGAGGAGUUACAGAAGAAAGAUAAAGACAUUACACAGGUUAUUGAUACAUUGACUGAAAUGGGACAGGAAGUGCAGAAGCAGAAAGAACAACUCCAUGACCAAAAGGAGAAGGCAGAGAAACAGGCGAAGGAGAAUGAAGAGAAGGUUAAUUCAGUGGAGAAAGAAGUAUCAGAGAAGGAGGGAGAUAAAACAGCUAUCAAAGCUCAGGGAUACUUAAAACUCAAAGAGAUCAUAACAAAGAACAACUGGAACCUGGAGGAGAGAAAGAAAGAACUUAUACAACUGGAAAUGAACACAGAGAGACUAAUGAAGAGGACAUAUGAUGACUUUAAAAGAAUUACAGAGAACCUAAAAGAAGGACAACAUACAAAACCACAUGGAGCAAAUAAAGAAACAACUGGACAAGACAGAGGACAUUUAGAGGAAACUUGACUCCGAGAAAGGAGAGAGGGGUUUACUCAAUUGUAAUUAUUAAAUAGGCUAUAAACCGAUACUUUUACAUAAAUCAUGUAUCAUCACAUGACAAU